AUGGCCUUCGGCGAUCGUGGGGGACGAGGUGGUGGCCGCGGCGGCGGUAGAGGAGCACCGAUGAGAGGUGGCCGAGGUGGUGGAAGAGGCGGCUUCGGCGAUCGAGGUGGACGAGGCGGAGGUCGAGGGGGUGGACGAGGCGCACCAAGAGGUGGAAGAGGUGCUCCCCGUGGCAGAGGUGCCCCCCGAGGUGGAGGUGGAGCGAAGGGUGGCGCGAAGGUCAUCAUCGAACCCCACCGACAUGCCGGCGUCUUCGUCGCUCGCGGCGGCAAGGAAGAUCUUCUCGUGACCAAGAACCUAACCCCCGGCGAGUCAGUGUACGGCGAGAAGCGCGUGUCGGUCGAUGCUCCCUCCAAAAGCACCGACGACGAGUCCUCCGGCCCCACCAAGACCGAAUACCGCGUCUGGAACCCGUUCCGCAGCAAGCUGGCGGCCGGCAUCCUGGGCGGUCUCGACGACAUCUUCAUCAAGCCCGGCGCCAGCGUCCUUUACCUAGGAGCCGCCAGCGGCACCUCCGUGUCCCACGUCGCCGACAUCGUCGGCCCAGAAGGCCGCGUCUACGCCGUCGAGUUCUCGCACCGCUCCGGCCGCGACCUCAUCACCAUGGCCACGCACCGCACCAACGUCAUUCCCAUCAUCGAGGACGCCCGCCACCCGCUACGCUACCGCAUGCUGGUCGGUAUGGUGGACGUCAUUUUCGCCGACGUGGCGCAGCCCGACCAGGCCAGAAUCGUCGGCCUCAACGCCCAUCUGUUCCUCAAGGUCGACGGCGGCGUCGUCGUCUCCAUCAAGGCCAACUGUAUCGACAGCACGGCGAAACCCGAGGUUGUCUUCGCGAACGAGGUCAAGAAGAUGCGUGAGGAGCGCAUCAAGCCAAAGGAGCAGCUGACGUUGGAGCCUUUCGAGCGUGACCACUGCAUCGUAGCUGGUCUCUACAAGCGAUCCGCACAAUAA